UUUGGUGUGCUUGGACGAUGGCUAGAGGUCGAAUGGCCGUGUGGUCAACAUAAUGGUUGCCGAACAAUGAAGUUGGACGUAUCGGACGAGUGUCCGGCUAAACAGAUGAUGCUAGAUCGAAGGCUACCGGAGUCCGACUCGACUCGAUGGACGUGUCGGACGGUUGAGGGCAUAAAUCGAGGUGGCUAG